UCACUCCUGAAGCCAUUGGCUUCCUGUCUGCCAUCGGGGUCUUUGUUGUCCUUCUGGCUGUCCUCGUCCUCUUCAUCAACAGGAAGCUGUGCUCUGAAAACGUAAGAGGACAUCUAAACCCAGAGCAACGAGGGAAAAGAAAGCACUCACGAGACAAGACUGGGGCCCACACAGGAGCUGCUGAGAAGUGUUGAGACUGAAAUGGUCACAGCCAUUAAGAGACCACCCUGUCAAACACAGUUGCUCUGUUCCCUGCAAAGAUCUACUCCAUAGACCUUGGUGCAAGAACCAGCAUGCUGCCUGGUUUUCUUUUCUGCCAACGGUGCUUACGUACUGCACAUGUUUUCUUUAUGUGUAUAUUAAUAAAGUUUUGCCUGUUAUAAAAAGAGAGAGACCUCCAGUUAAAUUUCUCAUCAUACUCGUUCUGUGUUUCAUAUAAGUUCCGAGUUAAGGAACCAAAUAAGUGGACUCUGGAGACAACAAGGUUGAUCAUGGUGUUGACCAUGGCGUCUCAGGAUGUCCAGAACUUCUUCCAACCUUUGUCUUCCUGGCUAUCCCGAGUUUAUGAAGCUCUCCAGCAAGCCGGGGAUGCGCUAUCUGCUUCACUAGUUCUUCUUAGCAAACACGACUCAGCACUGAGUGAUAAGCCAGAGCAGGACUUCGAUGCUACUCAGAUUCAGGAAACCUGCUUGGAAGAUGAAGAACAGGACGACAACGUUAGUCCAGAGGAGGCGAGCUCCCUGUUUCUUGACGAGGACCAUUUCUCAUGCUCUUUUAGUGAUCUGCAGGACUCUGUCCAAACACCAAGCCCCAGACUUGGUCAGCAAGCCAAAGACUCAAGCUCUGUAAUUCCCCAGUGGCCCAAUAAGAUCCCAGGGGGCCCGAAGCCCCGACAUGAGCUUUCUUCUAUCACCGAGGAAGAACAUCACUCUGAGAGGCAGAGAUGUGCCCUUCAGCAUGGCUCUGACACCCAGUUCCCUGGCACUUUAGAAAGCGUUAAUGGAAGAAAGCAAGUUAACAGCUUUGGGGAUGAUGAAGAGCCAUCCACAUCUUCUGGGAGUGACGAAGAUGUGAUUAAGCAGUUCGAGAUCUCGGUGUCCCGAUCCCAGAGUUUCCGCACAGGAGCCCCUGAUAAGGGAAAGAGAACAGAGCUGGAGCAGAAAACAAAAUGCAAGCGUUUGCUGUGUACCCACCAAGAAGGCAGUGCUGAAGGGUCUGCUUGUGAAGGUAUUCAUUGCAGCACACUGCAUUGCAGGCAAGGACAGGUCAAUGGUGUGGAUGGAACCAGCCACCUCAGUUAUUCCGAGAUUUUGUCUUACGAAGACCGUCCAAUUUCCAUCCUCUCACAAUCUCCCUGUGAGAGCAGGAACACCAGGCACCAUGGACCUUGUCAUCCAGAGACUGGCAUGGUCCGAAGCCUCAGUCGUCCAUGUGCAGACGGCGUCCUGGAGACGGAGACAGCUUUUAUUAGUCGGGGCUUUGAAGAUUCCUAUACCACCCACAGCUCUUCUAUGUGGAGUCCAGAGGAGCAGGAUGGGACCAGUCUUCAGGUACCACCCAGGCUUUCGGAGCCUAUCUCCAAAUGCGGUGACCUCGAUGUCAUCUUUGAAUAUAGAGCUGUAACCCAGAAGCUCACCGUGACCAUUGUGAGAGCACAGGGUCUCCCAGAUAAGGACCGAAGUGGUGUCAACUCCUGGCAAGUUCAUCUAGUGCUGCUGCCCAGUAAGAAACAGAGGGGUAAGACGAACAUACAGAGAGGGCCCAACCCUGUCUUCAAGGAAAAGGUCACCUUCACCAAGCUGGAGCCCAGAGAUGUGACUGCCUGUGCUGUCCGCUUCCGCCUGUAUGCUGCCCGUAAGAUGACCCGAGAGAGAAUGAUGGGAGAGAAGCUGUUCUGUCUCAGCCACUUGCACCCAGAAGGGGAAAUGAAAGUGACUCUGGUUCUGGAGCCAAGAAGCAAUCUGAGCAGUGGAGAGUCUCCGCUCAGCCCAUCUGUGGUGUCUCACAGUGAUAGUGCUUCAUCCACACAGUCACUGUCUCAUGGAGGGGUGCCAGAGCUAUUGGUGGGACUGUCCUACAAUGCCACAACAGGCCGAUUAUCUGUGGAAAUGAUCAAAGGCAGCCAUUUCCGCAACCUCGCUGCUAACCGAGCUCCCGAUACAUAUGGAAAACUUUUCCUCCUCAACUGUGUGGGUCAAGAGAUGUCCCGAUGCAAGACGUCCAUUCGGCGUGGCCAACCCAAUCCUGUCUAUAAAGAGACCUUUGUCUUCCAGGUGGCCCUCUUCCAGCUCUCAGAUGUUACCUUGAUGAUUUCCGUUUAUAGCAGGCGCACUAUGAAGCGUAAAGAGAUGAUUGGCUGGAUCGCUCUGGGUCAGAACAGCAGUGGAGAGGAGGAGCAGGAGCACUGGGAGGAAAUGAAGGAAAGCAAGGGCCAGCAGAUCUGCCGGUGGCAUACACUGUUGGAAUCCUAGGUGUAUAAACAACAUUCGUGUGCUGUGUCAACCUUGAUUAUCUGACAGCAGUGAGAUCAUUGGGGGCGGAGGAGCUUUCAGAUUGAGAAUUUUACUCAUCUUAGGUGAUUCUAUGGCUUGGGACAGUAUCAAAGGUUUGAUUUGAGUUUAAAUGUUGUCAUGAAAGGGAACCUACAUGUGCAGCAUGGGAAAUGGUAUCUGGUUGUGACCACUGGUUCUGUCACAAUCUGUGCUAAUGAGUGAUUGUGUUUUGGUUCACACUAUGUGGUGCAGCUUCUUCUCCCUGCUGUCUCCUUUUGCUGGGAGAAUAACCUGAGAUUUCAAAGGAGCUAUAAACGUUACUGUUUUCCAUCACUGAGGUGUAUGAAUCAGACUCUUCUUAGUGUUCAAAAUUCCAAACCAGAAAUGAAUCAGAUGAUGAGCACCAUGGAAGGAUACAACCAAUCCUCUGCCACCCCUGUUCUCUUUACAGGGAAAAAAAAAAGCCCUGUUUACUUAAACGGUAAUUGUUAGAAACUCGUGGUGUAAAAUAAAUUUGUAUUCAUGAAAUGUCUCUUUUUAUCUCAAUUAGAUAUCAGGAUUUCUAAAAGAAUUGGGUUAGACAAAUCAUCUUGAAGCUGUAAAACAGUUAAAAACUGAUUAUCUGACCUGUCUCUUUUUGAAUAUUUAAGAUUUCCAGAAUCAAGGAUUUUGUGCUUUCUUACUCAAUGUGCACCCAAAGAAGAAGAGGAAAACCUAGAAGAUAAUUUCAGUCUUGGCUUUCUUGGUGUUUCCAAGUCUGUCAUCCAUUUGGAUCAUACCUUUUCUAUAGAUAAUUGUACUAAUUCUCACAUGUAUUUUUUGUAUGUCCUUCUGCAUGCCAGCCACAUUCAUCUUUAUGCUAUGUACCUUGCCAGUAGAACAUAGAAAGAUGUGUAUAGCGGAUCUCAAUAAAUAUUGAUUUGAUUAACUUA